AUGACUCUUCAAUUAGCAGAUAAAUCUCUUAAAUACCCAUAUGGAGUGGCUGAAGAUAUGAUAGUUAAAGUGGAUAAAUAUUUAUUCCCGGUGGAUUCUUUUGUUAUGGAGAUGGAAGAAAAUGGAGAUGCAGCUUUGAUUCUUAGAAGACCUUUCAUGAAGACAGCCGAGAUUUUAAUUGAUGUGAAGAAUGGUAAGUUGAAGGUCAGAAUUAAGGAUGAAGAGGUAAAUUUUGAUGUCUUCCAAGCAAUGUCAUAUCCUAGAGAUAAAAAGUCAUGCUUCCAAAUAGACAUUGUGGAAGAACUUUGUAUGCUGCAAGAUAAGAGAAUACGAAAUGCAUCUGCAUUAGAGAGGAUCCUUAUGGAGAGUGAUUAUAGACCAGUGGCUCAACCACAAAGAAGAUUAAAUCCAUUUAUGAAAGAGGUUGUGAGAAAGGAAGUGCUGAAGUUACUAGAAGCGGGAAUUAUAUACCCAAUAUCUGAUAGUAAAUGGGUACAUAAACAUUAUGGGGUGAAACAUAAAGUGGUUGCACCGUAUCACCCACAAACGAAUGGUCAAGCUGAAGUUUCCAACAGGGAAAUUAAGAGGAUAUUAGAGAAGACAGUUGCUUUUUCACGAAAGGAUUGGUCACGAAAAUUAGAUGAUGCUCUUUGGGCAUACAGGACGGCUAUGAAGACUUCCAUGGGGUUAUCACCUUUUCACAUGGUAUAUGGGAAAGCAUGUCACUUGCCAAUAGAGAUGGAACACGAGGCUUUGUGGGCUUUGAAAUUUUUAAAUUUUGAUCCUCAUGAAAUUCAAAGCAAGCGAAGAAAUCAGUUGUUUGAACUUGAAAAGAUGCGGUUACAUGCAUAUGACUCAUCUAGGAGUUAUAAAGAGAAGGUGAAAUUUUAUCAUGAUAAAAAGCUAAUAAAGAGUCUUCACUCCAUGACAGUAGGUGCUACCUUGUGGACGUGA